UCUCACGCCUUGCAGCGCCGAUGCUUGAAUAAGAACGAUUUCGAAAUGUCGCGUCUACGACUCUUGUUCCGUCACCGAUAAAUCUAAAUAUUACAAUGUAUUUCAUUUGCCGUACCAGCCGAGAGUACGUUACUCGAAAUAAGAGGAACGUGCGCGCGAAUUUAAAUUUGCGCCUCCGUAUAUCCAGUCAUUCCGAUGAAAUUUCGAUUGACGCGGGCGAAACAGCAAGUGCCUCGAUACGCGUCGAAAAAUAGAGAGCGAUUUUUAUAGUUGGUCGCGUGUUAAUCUGCCGAUACGCGCUAUAAUAGCUAUUAUUCGUCUAAAAUUACCGCGGCGUUAAUAAUCUCCGUUUCGAAAUGUCACACGUAUACGACUUUUAUUAACAAGAUCUCGUUCUUAUACAACUUGACUGUUUGACUAUUUUAAAUAACAAUAUGUCGUGUCGAAAUCUAACGCCGUGCGCCAUGGCGGUUACAGCGUUCACAGAAACGCAUUUGAAUAGAAGGAAAAUGAACUUUAUCCGAUACCUUCGCGCGGCGUUUCGUUCCGUGCUUGCAAAACGUCGAUCGGCUUGCAAAGCCUCGUACGUGUUGCGCCCGCGAUCCCUCAAGAAAGCCGAAAGCCGAGGAUAGAAAAAAGACCGACUCUCGCGCUCUCGCAUCACCUAGUGCCGAGCCGAAUGCGGAGUGCGGACGUGCGGACUGCGACUGCGGAGUGAAGUUAGUAGGAACGCGUGCCGUCAAGAUGGCGGCACCAAGCGGCGUAUAUGCCGUAUAUACGCGUCUCUGAUACGCGUGCGUUUAUUUGCGUUGAUUUGCGUGUCGCGCGAUGCGAGAUGCGAGCUGAGCGGAGCGGCUCGUAAAUAUCGUACGUUUGAGCGCGUUGACGCGUUCCGGCCGACGUUCCCGUAACGUCGACAAAUGAGACGCGGCGAGCGACGCGAGGUCAACGAGUGCUUGCCGAGAGCGCGAUCGAACGAUGAACUAUCUCAACAGUAUAGCAGGCGGCACGACCACCGCCGACUCGGGCCUGCAGCUCAACAAUGUCGAGAUUCUCUACACGAAGGUCCAGAGGAUUUACGUCAAGCCACAGCAUAAGGAGGAACGCCAGCGGGAUCUCAGAGUCAACGUCGAGAUUCACGCUGGCAUCAGUCCGGUUUGCCGCAAGAGUUUGUGUGUUUUGCUGGCUGACGACGACGAUCCAUGUUUUCUCUACUCCUUAUUCAUCACCGAAGAUGAUUUUAAGGUACUGAAAGCACAGCAGGGACUGCUGGUUGAUUUUGAUAACUUUGCCACUCAGUUGAUAUGCUUGUUGGAGCAAUGUCACGUUCCGGGUACAAGUCAGCUGUCAAAGACUCCGCCAAAAUUCCUCAUGUUAUUGGCGGAGGAGUCUGGAGAUUGGAAUUUCAAGCUUGUGGAGACAAAUAAUUUCAAACAUCUGUGCCACCUGAGUUUAAAUAUAUCACCGGCGACCGAUUCGGUUUUGAAAACACACAUGGCGAUGAAGAUUAAGCACCUGAAAGAAAAUAUUUCCCAACAAAGUAAGGAUGCGAUUGGUUUAGAAACUAGAUUAAAUGAUUUAACAAGCAAACUCGAAACGAAAACAAAGGAAUUAGAACACUUGGAGCAAAAAUAUUUAACUGAGAAAAAUCAAAUACAAUUUAAUUCGUCGCAGCAAAUAAGUAUGGAAAAAGACAGACUAGCACAAGCACGACUAGAAUGGCAAUGGCAAAGUGAAAAAGAAAAAAUGGAAGUUGAACAGAGGCAUGCUGACACUGUGAAACAGUUGCACACGGAACUUGCUGAAUUACGAACGCAGAAUAUGACGUAUAAGGACAAACAAUCCUUUUUAGAAGCUACAAACGCAGAGCAAGUAAAACAACUGCAGAAUCUCGAGAAAGAGCUUAAUAUUGCCGAACGAGAUUUGACUUUACUCAAAAAGCAAAACUCGAAAUUAGAUGUAGAUUACCAUGACAAAGAUAAAGCUGUUAACAGUUUGCGUACAAAGGUAGCUGUGCUUGAACAAGAAUUAAAGGACAAAACAGUAAUUAUUAACAAGCAUUUAGAAAUGCUAAAAUCAGGUAAAGAACAAAAGCAGCAUUUAGAGGAUCUUUUAACUGAAAGAGACAGUCAGUUGCAACGCAAGCAAAAUUCUUUGAGGAGUUUAAGUGACGAGUUAGUAAAAGCCAAUGAAAUCUUGACUAAAUUACAAAAUGAACUUGCAUCAACCAAGUCCAAAUUAAAAUUAAGGACGAGCAUAGCGCUCGAACAGGAAAGAUUGUUAGACAGCAAACAGAAAGAAGUUGGCCAAUUGGAAACGAAAAUGGAGGGGCUUGUCAGAGAUGCGAGAGAGGCGAAGAGUGAAGUAGAUAAUUUGAAAGAACAGAUAAAAACAUUGCAACACCACGUGGAGGAAAAAGAAAAGAUCAUAAAGAAUAAUGAUAACGUAAUUAGUUGGUUGAAUCGGAGAUUAGCGGACAAUCAAUCGCCAUUACAAAGCGCUACUACUCCGGCACCAGUUACGAUACCAUCAUCCGUUCCGCUGACGUUACCUAGAACAAAUAAACUAUUUCCUAACCGAUAUGAAACACGCACGCCCGUGCCCAGCACGAUACAGCCCAGUACAUUAUCAGGAUUACCGAUGAAAAAUCCGAUCGUACAAAAUCCAAAUAUUAAUCAGACCACUCGCACGACAGCUCGGUCGAUGGGUGUCGGUGUAACGGAAAGUUCGGUAGGAUUAACUACCUUUAACAAAAGCGCCCUGAUUUCGAGUACCAGCACGCCUAUGGAGCGUUUCAACGCGUUGAAUAAAAUAUCGGGAAAUCCAACGGCCUCCACCUCGGCGCCGGCUAUAAUUGAGAAUAACAAUGGUCCGGCGGUGAUCUCGAAUGGUACAAAAGCGAAAACUGCAAGCGUUGGCUUGCAGGGCGGAUUAAGGCGAGCAGGUUUAUCCGACAAACCCAUUUUACCUUCGGCAUAUUUUCCUAAGACCUUGCAUUAACCACGUGUUCGGGAGGACGUAUCAGUAUAGAAAUUGGUGAGUUAAACUCAUGUUAGAGUACUUUAAGAAUCAAAACGUAGGAACGACAAAACUGCAAUAUUGUCAUUAGCAUAACAAUAUUUCAAGUUUGCCGUCUCGGAGAUAGUACAAAUAUUUGUAUGAAUGAUUAGUAUUAUUUACAUUUCUUACCAGAUAAAAAUUUUAAACUAUUUUUAAUCCUACACAUUGGCACCUUUUUAUAUACAAAAAUGAUAUUAGGCUAUCGUCAAUGUAAUCGGUGUAUCAAUGUAGGAUUAAUAAUAAUAUAUAAUUAUUUGUAUAUAUAUAUAUAUUAUACUGACGCUCCGAUCUCGUUAAAUACGGCAUAAAAUGCGUAUAUAUAUCGGUAGGAAAAUUCCAUCAUUCAUUACAAUAUACUUUUAUAUUAACUCUAAAUAGCUUCAACAUUAUUAGCAUAAUUUUAUUAUAAAGACUAUUUUUAAUAUAUAAAUACUACUUGACAAAGUACAUGAAAGGUACACUCCAAUGAAAUUUAUAUUUAUAAUGAAGCAUAAUAUAUAAUAUAUGCAUAUAUCAUAAAUCAGGAAU